CACACUUCGUAAAGAUUCCAAUUACUCUUCGGAGUCUUUCCUUCGUCGCUCUUCGGGGCCUAGUAUUAGUCUCCGACCAAUCGAAAUUUGUUAGCGCUCGAAUGAUAGAAAAUGUGGCCCUCGGGCAUCAUCGCCGCCAGACCUGGGACACCAGCGAGGCGAGCGCAUACAUCAUCUUCCCUGGAACUGGUAGUCGAUCCUCGGCACAAGAAGGAAAUGCCCGCGGAUUUUUACUCCAAUAUUGACCGGAAGAAGUCUAGGUCUACUACUAGCUCUUUUAUUCAUCUGUUACAACCAGAAGAACAACCCCGCCGAGCUGAAGAACAAGAAGCAUAUGAGGAGUCGCAGUGGACAGACGUUGACGCUGAUACCGUCAUUGGAGACGAUGCCACUACAACUACUUUCGAAGAAGAAUCGUCGAGGACCCACUUCUUGCAAUCUCGUCUCAGGGAUGAGAAUGAAGAGGAGCAUCAGCAUGUUAACGGCCACCGCAGUGCGGCGGCCGCGGCGUCGUUCUUUCAAUCGGGACCUGCAAGUGUUUCUGGAGAAGAAGCUGCUGCUACUGCUGCGUCGGAUAAUAAAAGCGGCGAGACUUCUGCAGGAACGCGAACGAGUGGAUGGCGCGACGUCUUCACCCGUAAGUACUGGAGGCGACAGAAGCGCGGCACGCCCGCGGAGGCGGCGCACUUUCUGGAACUCAUCCGGGUCCUGCGCAAAGCGAUCUGCGAACACGAAAAGCCGUACGGGCGGCUCGGGCCCCCGGGAGACCAGCCGGAAGCGCUCGAGGCGAUCGCGGAGAAGAGGUUUCCCACCCUGCAGCUGAUUUUGAACACCGAAGUGCACUUUUCCGUCGGGGUCGCCGACUUGUUCCUCUACGCCCGCGGCUGGGCCGUUCCCUGGCACUGGCAGGUUUUUGGGGGCAACGGGGCGGACGGGGCGCGGCGGGCGAAGAGUGAGGAGAGCACGCUCUUUUCAGAAGUUCUGAAU